AUUUCCUUCCUUGCUUGCCUUUCCUUCCAGAUGCUAGUUUGCAGUCGCAAAAUUACUCUGGAAGGUAAAGUACAAUGUUUAGUCCUGUUUUAAAGGAUCCAACAGUGGAAUAAAUCACAGAAGUACAAAUAACCAUGAACUAAGGCGUGCAUCUGCAUGGAACAAAAUAAUAUUUAUUUGCAUUAUUUUUUCCAGGUGACUGACAAAUUGGUAGUUCUAAACUCAGUUGGUUUCACAUUGAAUAAUGUGUAAAUACAACCUGCUUGGCGAAUGAUUUAUGCACGACUUAAAUUACAGGACAAAUAAAGCAAAACUGAAGCAUACACAUAAAUAAAGACAUUAUGUUAUUAAUGGGGAAGUUACACAUCAAAAUAUAAAAUGCACAGCUAUAUAACUAAGACAUGUAAAUCAAAUCAAUAAUCUUUUUUGUAAUGGGGUGGGGGCACUAUGGAUUUCGUAAUUAUACAGCUCAAGCGUCGUCACACUUUAAGAACUACAAGUACCAUAAUCCACCGCGCGGACCCAUGAUUUACCCUGCUGAGAAAAUUGAGUAACUGUUACCUAGCAACGGUAGUAAACGAAGAUGGACUCCUUAGAACCACAAGGGAAAGAAAGUGCUGAAGAAAAAGACAACAAAACAGAAGACGUGAUCAAAACUGAUGGUGAAGCAUCAACCGGAGACAGUGAAACGACAACAGAGCAACUUGACGUCAGUGCCCAGGAUCCAGACCGCCCAGAGUCUGAAAGCACACAGCAGCAGCAGCAGCAGCAGCAGCAGCAGGAGGCUGGUAUGCCUCAUUUCUAUCCUCCACUGGAUUUAUUAGAAGUUAUUGCAGAAGGUCCACACCAGGCUGAGGAGGAGAAACCAGGAAAAGAAGCAGGAGAAGACAACGAAGAGGAAGAUAAAAAGGGCAAAGAGGCACAGGAAAAAAUCCCAGAAGACUUUUACUAUGAAUAUGAAGACAUCUGCUCCAAGCCUUUUGUGUCCCCUGAUUCAGAAAUACCUUCAAACCUGCUUCAUCUAACUCAUUCUUUUGGCUAUGACUGUACUAAGAGAGCCAACCUACAGCUCCUGGAUGACUGCUCUCUGAUGUUUGCUGCAGGAAACCUGGUGGUUAUUCUGGAUAUAAAGACUAAGUCACAGAAAUACCUGAGGAGCAGCAGCAGUGGCAGAGGAAUCGGCACUCUGAUGGUACACCCCAGUAAAAAGUACUUUGUAGUUGCAGAAAAUGGUGUGAAACCAAACAUUAUCAUCUAUGAAUAUCCUUCCCUGCGCCCCUACAGAAUACUGAGAGGUGGAACAGAGAAAGCGUACAGUUUUGUGGAUUUUAAUAGCUCUGGGACUCUGUUGGCCAGUGUGGGGAGCAGCCCGGACUUCAUGCUGACAGUGUGGGACUGGAAACAGGAGAAGGUCAUGCUGAGAUCCAAAGCCUUCUCCCAGGAUGUUUUUCGAGUCACCUUCUCCUCUGACAAUGAAGGGCAGCUCACUACAUCUGGGGCUGGUCACAUCAAAUUUUGGAAGAUGGCGAGAACCUUCACUGGCCUCAAACUCCAGGGUAUGCUUGGACGGUUUGGUAAAACAGCACUGACGGACAUCGAAGGAUAUGUAGAGCUGCCAGAUGGGAAGGUUGUGUCAGGCUCAGAGUGGGGGAACAUGCUGCUCUGGGAUGGAGGGCUGAUCAAGGUAGAGAUCUGUAGGAAGGGGGGUAAACCCUGCCACAGUGGCCCCAUCCACCAGUUUGUCCUGGACGAAGGAGAGCUGAUCACCAUCGGAGCUGAUGGGGGCAUCAGGGUGUGGGACUUUGAGGGUAUCGAUGCUGCCGAUUCAGUGGAUGACAGUGGACUCUUUGAGAUUGAACCCAUGAAUGAAAUGGUGGUUGAUAAGAACGUUAACCUCUACUCGAUGGUUAAAUCGUGUGACCCAGACUCAGUCAUAUGGUUUGCUCAAGAUGCUAAUGGAGGAAUUUGGAAACUUGAUCUUUCCUUUUCAAAUAUUACUCAAGAUCCAGAAUGUCUGUUUUCAUUUCAUUCUGGAAAGAUCCAGGGAAUGGACGUCUCUCUGACCACGCAUCUGAUGGCUACCACUGCUCUGGACCGUUCAGUGAGAAUCUCUGACUUCAUUGCUAAAAAGGACUUGACAGAUAUCCGAUUCAAACAAGGAGGAACAACACUUACUUGGGCGCCACGUGUGGUAAACCCAAAGGGAGGUCUGAUUGCUGUUGGGUUUGAGGAUGGAGUUGUACGUAUUUUAGAAAUUUACAGUCCUAAAGGCCUGACUCUAGUGGCUGGCCGCACCAACAUUGGAGAUGCCGAAAUCCGUCUAAAACAAGCCUUCAAACCUCACACUGCUCCUGUCACUGCCAUUGCUUAUGAAAGGAAUGGGGAGAUGAUGGCUACUGGGAGCACGGAUAAUACUGUAUUCUUCUUCACCGUUGGAGACAAUUAUGAACCCAUAGGGUUUGUCAGGGUACCUGGACCGGUGCAGGCACUGGAGUGGUCUCCAGCUUCUUAUGAGAAGAACACCUUAUUGAUUCUCUGCUUAAAUGGACAUGUUGUGGAGGUCCAGGCUCCUGAUCCUGAGAAGCAGAUCACAGACGUCACAUUUGAGAUCCAAAACAUCUACUGUCGACACUUCCACUUUUGCAGCAUCAAAUCUAAGAUCAAGAGAAAUGCAGAGAUUGAGCGGCGGCAGAAGGUGAAGGCGCAGAUGCUGAAGGAAAAGGAGGCCAUGCUGAAGAGGAAGAGGGACCUGGGCCUGGAGAUCACAGAGGAGGAACUGCAAGAAGAGCCUGAGGUUGAGGAAGAAGAGCUGCCGGUUCUCUACAUCCCCGAGAAGCCCAGCCCCAUUUACUGUGGCUUUUACUCCGGUCCAGGGGAAUUCUGGCUCUCUUUGGGGGACUAUGAUUCCGGCUUCUUGUAUCACUGCAGCUUCUCUGAGCAGCAAGACCCUGAAAUUGACCCUUCUAAAAGACAGGACCAACCUUUCGGUUUCAUACCAAUUCAGGAUUCAGAAAAUGAUGCCAUCAGAAGCAUGCGCUUCAGCUUCAAUGGGCAGCUGCUGUUGUGUGGCAUGCAGAGUGGUAAAGUGAGGGUCUACACCGUGCAAACAAACGACCCAAAUCUAAGCUCCAUGCAGGGUUUCUGGGUACUGAGUGUCCACGACAACCAGUACGGACACAUCCAGAACAUCCGCAGCAGCUACGAUGACCAGUUUGUUUUGACCUCUGGAGAGGACGGCAACAUCUUUGUUUUCAGCCUCCUUCCGCAGGAGGACAUCAGUAAAGCCAUAGAGAACAGAAGGGCAAAGGUUCCUUCUCCAAGGAUUAAUCUUGAGAAGGAGAAGGCUGCAGAUGAUAUUGUGGAUCCCAAUGCAUACAGCAUUGAGACAGCCAAGCAGAAAACUGAAAUGGACAAGAUGCUGAAAGAGGCAGAGGAGAAGAAAGCCAGCAAACGAAAGAAGCUUAUCGAGCUGCAGAAUGAUUUUAAACAGCUGCUGCUGAAGAACAAAAAGCUUCCUGAACAUGUGCGGCUUGACAGAGCUGAGUUUGAGUUGGACCCCAGGAUUCGAGAGGAGACAGAAAGGCAGACAGCUCAGAGAAUCCGCCUGGUACGCAAAGAGCUAGCAUGGGAACAAGAGAAGUGCAGAAUUGGGCUAGCGAAACUACAGGCAAGGUUCUGGGACUCUUUGGAGUGUGACACUGUUAUGGUGAGUGCUUUUGAAAGUGAACACAAAGUAUCUACUUACCGCCUCCUGGCUCUGUCGAAGAAAUACCACACGCUGCAGCAAAGGAUCGGGAAGAAAGGGCCGGAAGGGAAUGAUCGCAGGAAGAGCAAAGCAGGAGAGUUCUGGAAAGACGCGAGCAAAGAUGCAGUAGAUGAUGUGGACCAGGGAGAUGGACUGAAGAAGGAGGGCUUGCUUCAGAAACCAGGUGUGCAAACCAAACUUGGAAAUCGACAGGCUGAGAAACUAAAAAUAAACUUUGAGAAAGCAGAGAAAGCUAAGGCUAAGGUGGAGAAGAGGAAGAGAGAGUGGGAGCAGCUAUAUGCCAGGAAGCCAGAUGAGAACUAUGAGGACCCGAUGGAUGUGAUGGCUAUUAAAGAGGCCCGUGAACACAUGGGGGAUUUCAAACUAAAGACAGCAAAGGACUUCACUGUGCCCGAGCAUCAGCGUAUCAACACUGAGAAAAAGAGAGUACAGCUUGUAAUCUUGGAAAAACAGACACAUGAGCUAAAAUCUGAGAUGAACAGAAAAAUCCUUGGCCUUCGAAAUUUUAAAAUUGAAUCAAUCGAGAAGAUCCGUAGCCAUGUGAAUGAGCUAAAGGUAGUGCAGGCCAAGUUAGACCCUUCUAAACGUCUGCCUGUUCCACAAGUGCCCAGACUUCUUCCAGAGGAAACGCCAGAGAAGAAGAGGCAAUACACCACAGAGACACUGCUCAGGUAUAAGCAAGAGCUUUCCACCAAAGCAAAACAGGCCAAUAAGGGAGAGCAGGGGUUUGGAGGAUUCAGCAGGGGAUUGGAAGAACCGGGGGAAGAACGGGACAUGAUAUCCCCCAGUAAAUACUCUGAAAGGGCAGACACAGCCUGUUCUGAUACCAGCCAAGCUUGCCAGCAAGAGACGUCACUUUCAGAACUAGAGCUGGAAGUGAUGCAGGCAGAGGAGAUUAAAAACCUCUACCUUCAAGACAGUCUGCUGAAAAGGAUUAAGGAUCUCAUCAAGAACUUUGAUGCAGAGCUGCGGCUAUUGCGCCACCACAAGCUGAAGGCAGAUAUCGCCGUUAAAAUGGCAGACCUGCGACAUGUCACGCUCUUUGAGGAGCUGCUGCUGCUGAAGGAGUUUGAGAAGAGAGAGAACUCUCUGUUAGAGAAGGUCAACAGCCGCAUCGAGGAGCAGCUGGAGAUUCAGGACAAGGCAGAGGAAUGUCUGCAGCAGUUGGAGGCUAAGAAGCGAGACAUUGCCAAACUGCAGGAACGAGAGAAAACCUUGCACAGUACUUUCCUCGUCUCCCUCGGAGAAAACAACAAGUUUGCAGACUUUCUCACUAAGGUCUUCAAGAAGAAAAUCAAGCGAGUGAAGAAGAAGGAGAAAAAGGGAGAUGAAGAGGAAGAGGAGGAAAGUGGUGAAGAAUCAGAUGAAGAGUCAGCAUGGGACAGCGAUGAAGAUGACUCAGGAUCAGAAAGUGGUGCACUCGAUGACAGUGUCUGUCCACCGCACUGUGAUCCAGCCCUUUUUGAAAACACCAUCCAACUUCGAGAGAAACGUCUGGACAUUGAAGAGGUUUUAGUUGAAGAGAAGAAAAUAGCGGAUAACCUUAGGAAGGAGAAUGAUUCAUUGGCCAAAAAGGUGAAAAUUGUUCAAUCAAGUCUGAAAACAGCAGAGGGCGAUCUUGAGUUAUUUCAAAGAGAGAAACAACAGAGACUGAAUGAGCUGAACGUGGUUGUGCCACUGAGACUGCAUCAGAUCGAGUUUGUGUCCAACGGUACGGUCCCUGGAGAUCUGUCCUCAGCACUGGUCUUCACAAAUCAGGCACUGGUAUCCCUGCAGCAGAGGAUCCAGGAGCUGCAGCUUGAGAAGUCAGAGCAGAGGCACCUCUACAAACUGGCCAGGCAGCAACACGUCCAGCUCAUCCGAGACAGAAGGGACAUGGAGGCUAAGAUCCAGAUGCUGGAAGGGAAGUGCAUGCAGCUGAUGCUAACAAAGUUUGGCAAAGUGGUGGACUUGGAGGCCCUAAAGACUGUCUCAAUGAACAAGAACUUGGAGGAGUUGAAAGUGAAGGCCAGAAUCAACGAAGAAGAGUUCUCCAGAGACUUAAAACUGUGGGAGGAUAAGAUAUGGGAGGUUAAGGAUCGCCUGAAAGAGGUCACUCGCUUGCACACCCAGAACCUAGUGAAGAUGAAUGAGCUGCUGAAUCAGAAGAAGGAGCUUGAAACCAACCUGGACACACGUCAAAAAAAAAUGGCCGCGGUGUUCCAGGAGAAGCGGCAGGAGGAGAUAAAGGACAGGCAGCGGCUGAUCCAGCUGGUGGAGCUGCAGGCCCAAGAGAUACAAGCUCUGAGAGAGGAGAUCAGCCUCCUGUCUAGGAAGGGGGGGCACAUCCUCCCACCCGCCCAGCCGCCCAUCCCAACAAGCAGCCAGAGCGUCGUCUAGCACCCAUUGCUGGCAGCCCCCUUACUACGCUAUCAAAUAUACAGAUCCUAAUUUUAUUUUCUUAAACAGAUGGCAUGCUAUUGUUUUUCACAUAUUUGUGGCAACUUCAAUGAUAUAAUUUAGGGAACAUUUAAAACACUUGAAAAAUAUAACUAGCACUGAGUAACAUUGCAAAUAAAGUUAAAUGCCAGGCAUUUUUGUUUUGCUUUGUUUAUUUUGUUGAUGUAAAAUGUAUUUUAUCAGGAAGCACCCAGCUUUUAGUCUCAGCAAGCUAUUUAUCUCUGUCUUGUUUUUGAGUUUUUAGAUUGUCCCACAGAUGGUGCUGUUUGCUCAGUAUUGGUUUCAGUUGGAACCUGUUAAUUUUUCGCCAACUUUCACUGUGUUUCAUGAGGCAACACAACUGGCUUUGAAACUUCAACACUGAAACGUAAAUAAAAAAGGCCCACUUUG